AUGUCGUCUACAAUCGCCAGCACUACCGCUCAGCUCCUGCUCAUUGAGAAAGGAGGCAAAUUCGAGGUCCGAAAGGUCCCCCAGCACAGCAUUAAGCCCGAUCAAGUCCUCCUUCGCCAGAGUGCAAUCGCGCUCAAUGGCCUUGACCCCUUGCAACGUGAUCUUGGCGUCAACAUCCAGACAUGGCCCUACGUGCUUGGCGUCGAAGGCGCCGGUGUUAUUGAAGCCGUCGGAUCAGAAGUUGAGAACCUCAAGGUCGGCGAUGAAGUCCUAGCCUGGGAAUUGUCUAUGGCCGGUCACGGUGGUGCAUACCAGGAGCACGUCGUAGUUCCAGCAAAAUUUGUGGCCAAGAAGCCCAAGAAUAUUAGCAUCGAGGAAGCCGCAUCUCUACCAAUCGGUUACAACGCUGCCAUUUCCGUCCUUUUCGCUUUGAAGCUCAGGAUUGCAAUUCCCGACUUCCGCGGUGCAUCGAAUGCAGAAGGUGAACCCGAGCCAAAGUCAAUUCUCGUGCUCGGUGGCAGCUCGGUGGUCGGCGCUAGUGCCAUCCAGCUCCUGCGCCUCGCAUAUCCUUCACUACCCAUAUUCGCAACUAGCUCACCAGCACAUCAUGAUCGCUUGAUUUCGCUGGGCGCGACCACAGUUUUUGACUACAAGUCUCCUACCUUGGUAUCAGACAUCAAGGCUGCCUCACCAGAAUCUCGCGGUAUCGACAUAAUCUAUGAUGUUGUCGGUGCUGGCGCAUCACAACCCGAUAUCAGUGAUGUGCUCGACCCCAGAGGGAGCAAGAAAUAUGGCGCUCUUGUGACCAGCAAGUCAGCUUCGGUUCCAGAGGGAGUCACCAAACUCGAAACUGGUGGAUGGACAUUGCUCGGAAUGCCUGGUGGAGAACAAGUCAUUCCUUCUCUCACUCAGUUGAUCGAGGAGGGUAGAUAUAAACUGCCGGCAGAGGUCAAGGUGGUUGGACAUGGAUUGGAGCAAAUCCCUGAGGUGAUGGAUCAAGUCAGGGGAGUAAGCGGGCAGAAGCUCAUUGUUACCUUGUAA